UUGUGGUGAAGUCACAACGAGCGACGCGGAAUUCUGCUAAAGAGGAGUUCCGUUCGCUGUUAGUCUCCUAAUCAGUCGCAGGGAUCUGCUCGCGUCUGACCUGGGCAAGUCAGAAUGUCGGUGAUGGGCAGCACAUUGCGCCUGUUGAAUGCAGCGAGACUGAGGGUUGGAAUCUGCGCAGUGAGGGCUCAGGGCACAGCGACAAAACAGAAAGAUAUCCAGGCACAGAAUGAGAAGAAGAGCUCAAAAUCCCAGGUCCAGUUUGACUACCAGGAUGCCCUUGGCCUGGACUCACAGCUGACAGAAGAUGAGAUUAUGAUACGGGACAGUUUCCGUUCUUACUGCCAGGAGAAGCUCAUGCCGCGGAUUCUUAUGGCCAAUCGCAAUGAAGUAUUUGAUCGGGAGAUCAUCUCAGAGAUGGGAGAGCUUGGUGUCCUGGGAUCUACAAUUAAAGGAUACGGCUGUGCUGGGACAUCGUAUGUGGCGUAUGGACUGUUGGCGCGUGAGGUAGAGCGAGUGGACAGCAGCUAUCGGUCUGUAAUGAGCGUCCAAUCAUCUCUUGUUAUGCAUCCCAUUGCUGCUUAUGGGAGUGAAGAACAGAAGGAGAAAUACCUGCCCAGGCUGGCCAGUGGAGAGUUGCUGGGGUGUUUCGGGCUCACAGAACCAAAUCACGGAAGUGACCCCGCCGGAAUGGAGACCAGAGCCAGAUACAAUCCCUCCAGCAAGACCUACACGUUGAACGGCUCGAAAACAUGGAUCACCAAUUCCCCGAUUGCAGACCUGUGUGUGGUGUGGGCAGUUUGUGAGGACGGCAGAGUCAGGGGGUUCCUGAUAGAGAGGGGAACAAAGGGACUGUCUACUCCUAAAAUCAAAGGAAAGUUCUCUCUCAGAGCCUCAGCGACUGGCAUGAUCCUCAUGGAGGACGUCGAGAUUCCAGAAGAAAAUCUUCUCCCUAAAAUUUCAGGGAUGGGGGGCCCCUUUGGUUGUCUCAAUAAUGCUCGCUAUGGAAUUUCCUGGGGUGCGCUGGGUGCUGCAGAAUUUUGUUUUCACACCGCAAGACAGUACACUUUGGAUAGGAUCCAGUUUGGAGUUCCUCUUGCCAGAAACCAGCUGAUCCAGAAGAAGUUGGCAGACAUGCUGACAGACAUCACUAUAGGGUUACAGGCCUGUCUGAGGCUGGGGCGUUUGAAAGAUGAAAAAAGAGCUGCUCCAGAAAUGAUCUCCAUGUUGAAGAGGAACUCAUGCGGAAAGGCCUUGGAUAUUGCCCGCCAGGCGAGGGACAUGCUGGGAGGGAAUGGGAUAUCAGACGAGUAUCACAUCAUCAGGCACGUCAUGAAUUUGGAAGCAGUGAACACUUAUGAAGGUACCCAUGAUGUGCACGCAUUAAUCCUUGGCAGAGCCAUCACAGGACUGCAGGCAUUUACUGUCAGCAACUGAUUCUGCUCCAGAUACUCGGUACCGAUAGUCCUCCCGACAUCUGCAACCAUUGUACAGCAAUCUGCCAUCAUUCACCAUUCUUCUAUAGAGAGAAAGUUUCUGACAAAGGGGUUGUUCGCCUUAGAACAGAUUGCAGUUGGUCUUAUUAUCAUUAUUAUUUUUUGGUAUUUGCUAUUCAGUUGCUCAGUAAGCCCAAAUUGCAUUUUAAAUUUCAGGUUAAAAACAGAAUAAAAAGGCAAAUAUUUGAGAAACCUUAAAACACUGACUGCAAAUACUGUGUGUCUCUUCACCUUUAAUAUUUCUUUUUUUUACUCUGCACAUUUAGCCAGUUUCAGCACGAGUUAAAAAGAACCCUCUGACCCAACAAGUUAAAUUAUUUUUUUUGUUGUGGCUGGUUGGACCUGGAGUAAAAACUAUAGGCUGCAGGACAGUAAGCUGUCACUCUUUUUUUUUAAUUUUUUUAUUAUUUGUAAUGUUUUUGAGUUAUUUAGCAUUUUAUUCAGCAGCUCUCCGGUUUGAAAUGUCAGCAAUCUGGUUGCUAGGAUCCAAAUUACCCUAGAGACCAUGCAUGGAUUUGAAUAAGUGACUGGAAUAUGAAUAGGAGAAGCCUGAAUAUAAAUAGAAGUAAUACAAAAGUAGCAAUUACAAUCCAUUUGUAGCCUUAGAGAGCAUUUGUUUUUAGAUGGGGUCAGUGACCCCAUUUGAAAGCUGGAAAGAGUCAGAGGAAGAUAGCAAAUAAUUAAAAUACAAGAAAAAAUUAAGACCAAUUGAAAAGUUGCUUGGAAUUAGCCUUUCUAUUACAUACUAAAAGUUAACUUAAAAGUGACCCACCCUUUUAAUUUUAAAUAGUGGGAGUCAGACAGAAUAAAUUAGGUGAUUGGUAGUUACUUUUUGAAUAUGAAAUUGGUGCGGGGUCGUUUUUCGGGCUAUGCUGAAACAGUUAAAACAUUGAAUGUGUGGGUAGUGAUGCUUAUUCCUGUACAGCAGCAACCACUAUUGAUUUAUCUAUUUGUUAAUCACGGAGGCAAACAGUUGGUUAUUCCUUCAAUUCAGCGUUAAACAUUUUUACUGUAAUGUUUGGGUGUGAAUGGUCAGGCUUGCAGGCCUGCGUAUAAUAUUGUAAUAAAGUUUCAAUUGAUUUAAA